AUGUCGUCUUCGAAAUUGCACCGCAACCCUCCCUUUCGGGCCGAACACCUAGGUUCCCUCCUCCGAACCGACAAACUCCUCGAAACCCGUCACGCGUGGGAAGCAGGGAAGAAGUCCGCCAAGGACCUGGAAGCGGUCGAGGACACCGACGUCAAGGAGAUCGUCAAGCUCCAGUAUGACCUGGGCUACGAGGCCAUCACCGAUGGCGAGUAUCGGCGACACAUGUUCUGGGGUUCCUUCUGGCCCGGCCUGGAGGGUAUGACAGAGAUCGCGACGCCAGACCCGGAUCUGUUUCGCAUGUACAUCCCCGACAUCGCCGCCUUUACGGAAGCAGGAUACAAACCUGGCGAGACGGUGCUGUGCACCGGCAAAAUCAGGCAUGUUGGUAGCACAUACACGGCGCAGUUUGACUACUUGAAGAGCUUGGUACCUGAAUCAAAAUGGGCGGGCUUGAAACUGACCCUCGCGGCGCCGAACUGGUACCAUCUGAGAUACAAGGAGGGCAAGGCAUACCCCAAGGACGUGUACAAGAAUGACGACGAGUACUUCGCCGAUGUGGCCAAGGCGUACCAAGCAGAGCUCAAGAUUCUUUACGAACACGGUUUGAGGAACGUGCAAUUCGACGACCCCAACUUGGCCUAUUUCUGCUCCGAGGCCAUGAUCGAGGGCUGGAAGAAGGACCCUCUGAACACCUGCUCGCCCGAUGAGCUUCUUGAAAAGUACAUCGAUCUAUACAACGCAUGCGUCGCCGAGAUUCCCGACGAUAUGCACGUCGGAGUGCACCUGUGUCGGGGCAACUUUGUCAACUCGCGACACUUCUCCGAAGGCGGAUAUGACCGAAUUGCGACCCUGCUGUUCCAGAAGCUCAACAUGCAUACCUACUACCUCGAGUACGACACCGCGCGUGCCGGCGGGUUCGAGCCACUGCAGCACCUGCCCAAGAACAAGAAUGUCAUCUUGGGCGUCGUCACCAGCAAGUUCCCCCAGUUGGAGAAUGAGGACGAGAUGGUCGAACGAGUCAAGGAGGCGGCCAAGUGGAUCGCCAAGGGCACAGGAGAGACGGAGAAAGAGGCCCUCAACAGAUGUGGCGUCAGUCCGCAGUGCGGCUUUGCCAGUCAUUCAAGCGGGAAUGCUGUGAAGUGGGAAGACAUGAUCGCGAAGUUGAAGUUGGUUAGGAGAAUCGCUGAUCGCAUCUGGCCAGGUGAGCCGUGA